AUAACACCAAACGACGUCGCUGCAAUAUGACCGCUUAGAAAUUAUAUAAAGGUAUUCACUAUUCAGUAACACAUUUUCCCCCAAUCGCUAAAUCCCUCAAGACGCUUUCUCUAUCUCUCUCCAGAAGCUUCGUCUCCGAUCAAAUUUUCACAGGGUUUGAUCUUGGAAUUUCAAGAUGCCGGCCACCGCAGGAAGGGUUCGCAUGCCGGCGAACAAUCGGGUGCACAGUAGUGCUGCUCUUCAAACUCACGGCAUAUGGCAGAGUGCGAUUGGUUAUGAUCCCUAUGCACCCACCAAAGAGGAAAGUAAGAGCUCUUCUCAGGUGAAUUUGGCAAACUCUGAACCAGAUGCUGAGAAUCCAUAUGCUAGCUUCCAGGGCCUCCUUGCCCUUGCCCGUAUAACCGGGUCCAAUGCUGAUGAGGCCCGUGGGGCGUGCAAGAGGUGUGGCCGUGUUGGGCAUCUCAGCUUCCAGUGCAGGAACUUUCUGAGUGUUAAGGAAGACAAGGAGAAGGACCCAGAAGUUAUUCAGGCUGAUGUUGCUUCUGAGUUGAGUAAGUUGAGGGGGAAGCUGGGUAAGGGGGUUGGGAAAAAUGUGGUUGAGGCUGAUAGUGAGGAGGAGGAUGAAGACACUGAGACUUCGGAUUCAGACUAUGAUUCCGAGAUGGAGAGGCUCAUUGCUAAAAAAAAUGGGAAAAAGAGUGUCUUAAAGGAGAAGUCAAAUAAGAAGAAUGAGGACUCAGAUGUUGAUGGGUCUGAUACAGAUUCUGGGGAGAGGAAGAAGAGAGGAAGGUCGAAGAAGAGGAGAAGCAGCAAGAGGAAACAUGAUGAUUCGGAUGACUCUGAAGAAGACAGGAAGAAAAGGAGAAAGGAGAAACGGAGAAAGAGGGAUGAGUCUUCUGAUGAGGAUGGUAAACGACGUCGACGACAUAGGAAGAGUAGGAAGGAGAAAAGGAGGAGGAGAAGUCAUCGGUAUUCCGAUGAUUCUGAGUCUGAUGCAUCUGAAGAUAGACACCGCAGUCGGAGGAGCAGGAGGGCAGCAACACCAUCUGAUUCCGAUUCAAGUGGCUCUGAUGAUGCGCGGGUAGGAAGGGGCAGGAGACGAUCUGAGAAGAAGAGCAGGAAACACCAUCGUGAUGAAGAAUAAGUCUAUCUAGGAAUGGUAUCAAUCUGAUCUAGAAUGGUAUCAAUCUGUGUACGCCAGCAAGUCACUGUUAAUCUUUGUAGUUUGCAACUAUAUGCUAUUGCAACCUUUACAUUGUUCUAUUAAUUUGCUUGGAGAAGCUCUUGUUGUAUUUGGCUGUUGUGCUUGAUGAGAUGAAACUAUUGCUUUGCUGAAGAAACAAGUCUUGAAUUUUUCUGAUUAA